AUGGCGGAUAACACACCAGGGCCGUCAGUCCUUACAAAAGCAAAGCCUACUGAAGCCGAGUCUUUGGAGAAUACACUUCAACCGACGGACCGGAACGUAUGGGAGCCGUUUCCCAAGGAAACUGGAGUUCCUGUUCGAAUGCCUACGGAGAAGCAUUGGGAGUUUGAGCUCCUCGCCAGGACAUGCAAAUCUCGGAUCGUCAAGCUUCGUGAGAUGAGGAAAUUACUGGGUAUAGCUGCCUGUCCGCAGCUUACAACGCAGAGCAGAGUCAAUGGUGUCGUUGUUGGGAUUUCCGCGAUCAACGCCGAACGAGUUAUUAUGUUGAGGGAUGAAUCUUGUGUGAAUUGUGAUCACAUUGUUAAAAACCCCUUGAAUCUCGACAAGACAUACACGGUCAAGUUUCAGUCCAUAUCAAAGCAAGCUGUUGAUGGCCACGAUAUUAUCUGGACUGAGAGCAUGCUGGUCCCAGGCAAUAUCGAAUAUGCCAAGGAUGCACUCUGGGGUCGUUUGAAGGGUGAUGAAAAGACUCAAUUUCUAAAGAUCAUGGCGCGGGAACAUUCACAGCUCAAAGAUGGUUUGACCUCUGCAGGCGUUGCCAUGAUCCCUCCAUCGAACGAAGUCAAAGAGCGAAAGCCCACGAUCUGUCGCUCUAUUCAUGGGAAUAAGGAUUACUGCAGCCUGCACUACGUCUUGCAGUGGCCUCCGUUGGCUGCCUUGGAGUUUCCUAUCGACAUGAUCGAAGCAAUCGAGGAAUUUCAGCGCUGUCAUCGACAAGACAAUGUUACACUGAACAUAGCAUUGGCUGCAACAAUCAUCUACUUUGACCUGAAGGAAGCAGGUGAAAAUCAAGGGGAAGGGCUUAUCGGCUUAGGGAACCACGAAGCACCCCCAUUGGGAGAGUGUUCUCUUUCGGUUUUUGUCAUAUACUUUGCUCACAUGCUAAGAUUCGUGGAGGUCAACCACCUGACGGCAUUCAUUCACCCAACACGGUUUGCGGCAUUGCAUUACUCCCGUGACAAACGAAAGAUAUCAGGCAUCUUUUACGAAAUUGACACUCCUCGCAACACCCUGCUCAGUGGUGCCCAGAAUGGGCAGACCCUGGAUGAGACUCUCAUGCUAUCAUUGUACUUGGAGAUACGGUCACGUCAUCCGCAAGUACCCAAGGACUUUAGAUUCACUCUCAUACCUGCGUCCAUGCCAGGAACCUCUAUGGUUUUCCCUCAAGAAUGCAAUCAUGCUGAGAAGCCAACUUCUGACCUUCACACACUCUGUUGUUUGAAUGAUGUGCGUACUAUGGGGUUCCCUGACUACCUUCAAGGUAUAGAUAGACCCAGUGGUUUACGGUCUAUUGGUGGUCCGCAAUGGGUGUUUUCAGAAAUGAUAAAUGACCCUGUGUACCGACUUGACGGCGAUCCUUCGACCACCUACUGGAAACCGAUGCUUUACGGAGUCAAAGCUCUAACAGGUGCUGCGAAGACAAUUGGCCCUCUGUUCCCACAUCUUGGGUUUGGCUGCUGGAAAGAUGAGUACAUCACAGAAUGCGUCAAGCGGCAUUUCGGCAUGGUAGAGUUCUUCACUAAGAACUUUACUAUUUCCAAACAUCUGCCUGAUUACAUAUUCAAGGACAUCCAGACUAAGGCAAAGGAGCUCAUGAAAGUCUUCACUUACCUGGGUAAGAAACGCUCUGCUUGGAACUUCAAUCUCGAAACCCUCACCCCAUCCUGGAAAGGCAUGGAAAAUGACCUCAAAAGCCUUCAUGAAAAAGGCGAGCUGGAGAAAGUAGCAAGCGGUUCGUUGAAAAGAGCAGCUCCAGAGGAACACUUCACGCCUGCUCCCAAGCGAGUCAAGCUGGCGAAGCGAUGCCUAAGCAUCGAGCUCAGAACCCAGAUUCUCGACAUUAUUGACGGCUUGGGUGUUCGGUCUCUUGACUGGUAUCCGAUGCGACAGUAUCUCGAGUGGACAACUAAUCCAAGUCUGAACGAAGCCCGGGAUCUCCUCUCCGAAGUACAGUCGUUGAAGUCCGAAAUCCAAGAGACACUCCCAGCUGCAGAUGCUGAGAAUGGUCAGGGAAGCUUGGGCAAAGUCAUUCGCAUGUGUUUCAGAGCGGCUGGGCUUUUCGACGGGCCACAGGCCAAAUCAAUGGACUAUGAGCAGCAGUGGGAUAGGUAUCGGGAAGACUUCUCCAAAGUGGACAAGACUACAGCUGGUAUUUUAAACACCCUUUACAAGUAUCGAAACAUCGACGGAGCCUUUGAGGAUUUCCUUCCUAUGAUUGGACUGUUGAGGGAAUCCCCAAUGACCAAGGGGCAGGUUGAUGCCUGUACAGAGAUCGAAGGUCUCCUGGAAACGGCACGGACUAUUGUCAAGAUCAGGACGCCAUCACAGAAUGAUGAGGUACAAUCAUGA